GACACCACUGUUCCCCUGACGAAUAAUAAAGAAGUUGCGGUUGUGGCCGGCGAUCAAAGACAAAUAUUUGGCUUGAAUGUUUACAAAUUGGGUCAGCUGGUCAUCUGGCCUGGCCAAAGAGCCAUCAGCUCCUCUUCAAAGUGCCCGCGGGCGAAUGUUUUCAACCCGUUCCGCUGUGAAUUUCCCGCAAAUAAAGACCGGGCAUCUCAGCUGUCGCUUCAUUAUGACGCUAAUUGCCAGGACUCGCUGGCCAAAGGAUUAGCUGAGUGUAAAGUGUAUGGCAGAGCAUUCGAUGAGACCGCAAAACCACGACAAGAAGGAACAUGAGAAGGCAGUAGCGACGGUCUUUCGACCCAUAAACUCCGUAGUUCAACUUAAUCCGGUAAUAUAUCCGGAUUAGCGAGCAGAAGUGCGACGAAGGAGUAUUUUUUUUCGCUAUUCCCUGGAAUUUUACGACACUUUUUAGGUAAUGAAUGGGAUUAGAUUUUUUUAAUCCACCGCCAGCCGCGAGCAGUAAAAAAAUUAGUGACAAAAAACUCGGCAUUCAGGUCAGUCUUUGGCCUGGCCAACCGAUUGACCUGCGAGAGUGGGUCUCAUGAAUGGGCAGGUCAAAAAGAGGGAUUGCAUAUAAAAGAAACGAGCAGCCCUGACGUAACCAGCAAAUGCAGUCAACCAAGCAAACAGUCAAGAUGUGCCUCAUCCAGCAGAGCAAGGAAGUCGAGGAGAAGUCCGAGGGGAAUCCUUCCCAGAAUUCGGGGUAUUCGCCACCAAAGUCACCCACGGCGGCCUACGCUAUGUUUAUGCACCGCGAGGAGCUGAGGAGGAGAAAAGUCCAUGUGACACGGGCUUCGGCCACCAAAAUUCACCUGACACGCGAAUUAAUCGAGCGAACCAAGCAGAAUAUACGGCAGUGCAGCUUCGAGGACCUCGAGAUUUUGGCAAGGGAGACGCUCUUCAAGAAGAAUCUGCAGAGACAUCUGUACUAUCGCCGCAUGCAGAUCCACCAAUGGAUGCUAAACAGGAAAAAGCAGCAGGCCAAGGGGAAGAAGUGAAAAAAGAUGUGGUUAGUUGUUCUAAGAACAGCUACAGUGAUUGUUAUAUAAAAUUAUAAUACGCAUUUAAAUUAGAAAUAAUAAAAAACUUUAAAAUAUAAAGAAAUCUAAUGAGACGGUUUGCGAAAGAAUAAUUAAAGAUGGAAGAUUAAGAAGUUAGGAAAAUGUAUUCCAUGAAAAGGAACAAUUAUUUGCAAUGAUUGAUAUUUAUAAAAAAUAAUAUUAAUAAUUUUGGAUUUGAACAGCAUUUUUAUUUUAAUAUUUUUUUCUUUUUAUUUUAAAAUCGAA